UCCCAUCCUCGUCGCCUCUCGGUCUUUGCCAAAUUCCCACUGCCCAAAUCCGUCCCCGCAGGGCUUCCCUUUCCUCUGCCCGCACUGCCCCGACACCCCUCUUCACACUCUUCCUAGUUUCCUUGCUUGCUCCUCCGUUCCACACUCGCCCCGCCCCCAUGCUCGCCUCGGCGCUCGCCGGAGGCCGCACGGGGUGGCUUCCAUUGCCGCUCUGAGGACCGGUGGGGGCGCUGCUGCUGAAAGUGUUUCCGUAGGUCGGUGCGCCGGGUAGGAGAUGGGGAAGGAGGGGAAGCGGUGCGGGGAGGAUGUGAGGCGGCGGAGGGGGAAGGAGGCGGUGGUGGAGGGGGAGGAUGACGCGGCGCCGGCGAUGGGGUGCUGGAUCCGACUGCCGCGACUGGGCGGCGGAUGCAUGUCGUCGGGCUCCAAGGUCGACUCCUCCGCCAGCGGCGGCGGCGCCAGCGCGAACGGCGGUGAGAGCAAAAAAGCAAAUCACAGUUGUCGGGAUCAAUCAGCUCCACCAGCCGCAUCUGGUUCCCCAACAUCUAGUAACACUGGAAGCAUCUCACCUUCUUCCAUAGCUGGAGAAGAACUUAAACUGGCUGCCCAAUUGCGUAGGUUUACAUUCAAUGAACUUAAGUGUGCCACCAGAAACUUCCGCCCUGAGAGUCUUCUUGGCGAGGGAGGUUUUGGUUGCGUCUUCAAAGGUUGGAUUGAAGAGAAUGGAACUGCUCCUAUGAAGCCUGGCACAGGAUUAACUGUUGCUGUCAAGACACUCAACCAUGAUGGACUUCAGGGGCAUAAAGAGUGGGUGGCAGAGGUUGAUUUUCUUGGAAAUCUUCAACAUCCACACCUAGUGAAAUUGGUUGGCUACUGCAUUGAAGACGACCAGCGUUUGCUAGUAUAUGAAUUUAUGCCUCGUGGAAGUUUGGAGAACCAUCUUUUUAGGAGGUCGUUUCCUCUUCCGUGGGCCAUCAGGAUGAAAAUUGCACUUGGUGCUGCAAAAGGCCUUGCGUUUCUUCAUGAAGAAGCUGAAAGGCCAGUGAUCUAUCGGGAUUUCAAAACUUCAAAUAUUCUUUUGGACGCGGAGUACAAUGCAAAACUUUCUGAUUUUGGACUUGCUAAAGAUGGCCCUGAGGGUGAUAAGACACAUGUAUCUACUCGAGUAAUGGGAACAUAUGGAUACGCAGCUCCUGAGUACGUUAUGACAGGCCACCUGACAUCGAAGAGCGACGUAUACAGCUUUGGAGUGGUGCUACUAGAGAUGAUGUCAGGCAGAAGGUCAAUGGACAAGAACAGGCCAAACGGGGAGCACAACCUGGUUGAAUGGGCACGUCCUUAUCUUGGAGAAAGACGGCGAUUCUAUAGGCUUGUAGAUCCUCGUCUGGAGGGGAACUUCUCCAUAAAAGGCGCUCAAAAGACGGCACAGCUGGCCCAUGCCUGCCUUAGCCGGGAUCCCAAGGUUAGGCCUCUCAUGAGCCAAGUGGUGGAAAUCCUCAAGCCUCUUCCAAACCUCAAAGACAUGGCGAGCUCUUCCUACUUCUUUCAGUCCAUGCGACAGGAGCGUGGCGCAAGCCUUGUCAACCAAAAUGGUAGCCAAAGCAUGAAGGCACAGAGCACCUUUGCAAGGAAUGGGGUGCAGCCGAUGAGGAGCCUCUCAUAUGGCCCUCACGCAUCCCCGUACCGCCAAUCUCCAAGGCCCAAUGGCAAGCAGCUAUGAGACUCAUGGUGAACACCAUGAUCAGUUGUUCAAGGGUCGAUGAUUAGGAUUCCGCAGAUCCUCUGCGAUGUGAAGAUUUCUUAUUGUCGCUUAGCUUUUAGCUGCUUCUAUAUCAACAACUCUGGCUAUCUGGACUUGGGAGGGGGGGAUCAUCAGACAGGGUUUUGUUUGUCAUUUGAACAAUGCUAGGUAGAUUCUUAGAAAUGCUUCCCGGAAAAUCAACCAUCGGCAUGGAAGAUGUGCAUGUAUGGCUCUGUGGUCUCUUACUCAGACUGUCGGCAGCCUUGUAAUUAAUUGCCAUGCAGAAAAAAACAAUUUGAUCGGAGGCCGCCGUGGUCGUCGCCAUCA